AUGUUUGCUAAACAAUCACAUUUAACUAUGCCACCACCUCUUUGGCUACAUGUUGAUGGUGUUAGUUUACCAACAGAUAUACAUCACUAUCAAUCAUCAGUUCGUUCAUAUGAUUAUCAAACAAAACAUUUACAAAGUCCAGCACAAUCUCCACCACCACCAUUGAUAUCACCAACAACAAAUCAUUCUUAUAGUUUAUCAGUGAUUGAUGGACCAUUUAAUCAUAAUAAUACAAGUAAACAGCAGAAAAUAUUAGAAAAUCUUGAUGGGCCAAAAAAACUUUUUAAAGAUAGACAAAUUAAAAAAGUUAAAUCAUUAUCAGGUUUAAUUAAAGGAACUGCUUUAUCACGUCAAACAUCUCAAACAUCAGCAUUCACAAGUCCAGCACCAUCAGCUAUAUCAAUACAAACUCUUCAAGAUGAUCAACUUCCUAUUGUUACACUUGAUCAUAGUGAUGAUGGUCUUCCAUUAUCUCAUACAAAUGAACAACAAAAUGAAAUUCGUCGUCCACGCGUUUAUUUUUCUGAUUAUAAUAAAAUUCAAUUUAUUGAAGAUAAUGAUGAAAUAUCUCAACAACAUCAAAUACCUAUUAAUGAUGAACCUCGACAAUCUCGAAUUCGUUUACCAUCAAAAAAAUCCUUAAAUACAAAUCCGAUUACUCAUACGACACCAUCAAUUCAACGAGCACAAACACGUCAAAAUCUUACUGGUCCAACAUCUCGUCAAACAUAUCAACAAACUGGACAAGAUUCAUCUACGAAGAAACAACAAUCACAUGCGACACCACGUACACAACAAUCUCAUAUAACAAAUUUACCUGAUAUACUUAGUCAAUCAAUACCAAAUGAAAUAUCAACACAUGAAACAUAUACUUUACAACGUGAAAAACCUAUAAAUCGUUUAUUAAAAUCAACUCAUGAUGCACCAAAUAAUUUAGCAUUUGAAAUUUCUUCUGAAACAACACAUAAUAGUAAUGCUCAUUAUUCAUCCAUUCAAGAUUCUUCUACUGAUAGUCAUAAAUCUGAUAUAAGUGAUAGUGAUAAUGGACAAUUACAUAUUGGAAAUUCACCAUUAUCUUCAUCAACACAACGACAACGUUCAUUACUUCGUUCAAUUUCACUUCGACAACAAUUUGUUUCACCAACGAAAUUAAAAUCAACCGAUAAUUCAUCAUCAGCAACAACAACAACAACAAAUACGAAUUAUAAUCAUCAACAAAUGAGUAAAUCAUUACCAAAUGCACAACGAUCAACUUCACUUAAAAUUACAACUACACGUAUACAUAAUAACAAUAAUAAUAAUAAUGAUGAUCUACAUACCAAUGGACCUUUAUUAACAGUAGAUAAACGAUCUAUAAGUGAUAAUGAAUCAAAUAAACAAUUAAAACGUUCUUAUGUUAUUCAUUAUAAUUCGAAAAAGCCACUUGGAGCAAGUACAGCAAAUUAUUCUCAUGUACCAAAUCGUCAUUCAAAUAAAUCACAUACAAAUGAAAUAACACAAGAAAAUUUUCAAAAUUUAUUAACUAUUGUUCAACCACCCUAUGCUGCAAAUACCGGUACUACAACAAAUAAAUCUACAAUGUCAACAAGUGAAGAUAUUCGUUCAUCACGUAGAUCAAGUCUACGUGCACCACUUGAAUUUAAUCAUACAUCAAAUACAAUUACUGUUUAA